AUGGCUGGUCACACGCCCGCGCCAAGAAAACCCUAUGACCCGUACUCGAAUACGUAUAAUCCCGACUGGAAAGAUCACCCAAGUUUCAGUUAUGGAGGAAAUAGGCAACCCAAUUUUGCGCCUAAUAGAUCACAGGGGCAUCACCAGCAGUAUCAUCCUCGCCCGCUACCACCCUCUUCAAAUUCAAGUUCGUCCAUGAAAGAGAUGAUGAAACAGUUACUUGCUAAUCAACAAAAGACGGAUUCGGACCUGCAAAGUCCAAGGACCCGAACCUGUAAGGAUGAGGAAAAGAUUGAGAAUGAGCUUGACAAGGAGGACAGCAAUGGCACAAAUCCAAAGGUACUCCCAGACCCAGUCAUCACAGUUAAAACUAACCCACUUCCCUUUCCUAACGGGUUGAAAAAAUCGAAAAAGCAGGAUAAGGAGAAGGAGAUCCUGAAGGUGUUCCGCAACGUGGAGAUCAACAUCCCCCUAUUAGACGCCAUCAAACAAGUACCAAAAUACGCAAAAUUUUUGAGGGACUUAUGUGUCAACCGAAGGCUGUUGAGGGGAGAUGAAAUGGUCAUUGUGGGGAAAAACGUGUCCGCGGUCCUGCAGAGAAAACUCCCACCAAAGUGCAGGGAGCCAGGUCCAUUAAAAGAAACUGAGACAAUUAUUCAAUUAGCUGACCAAACAAAUGAAUAUCACGAUGGGUUGGUUGAAGAUGUGUUGGUAAAAAUUAAUGAUUUGGUAUUCCCAACUGACUUUUAUGUACUUGAUAUGGAUAAUGAUCACUCUCCCGAUCCCUUACCUUUGCCAUUAGGUAGACCCUUUUUUAGCACAGCACAGACGAAAAUUGAUGUUAAUAAGGGCACCUUAUCCAUGAAAUUUGAUGAGAAAAUUGUGCAUUUUAAUAUCUUUGAUACUAUGAAAUAUCUUUCGAAUUCUAACUUUAACUCUAUUUUUUCUGUGAGUGCUAUUGACCCUGCGGUGCAGGAAGUAUUUGAAACUGUUGGCAGCGAUAAAUUGGAGGUUGCUUUAACCAAGCAUCUCGAGUUGGAGACAACUCCUAAGGUGGAGUGGAGUGAAAAUUUGAAAUGCACAAUAGGAGCAUUACACUCAUUGCCAACCACAACGAAAAGGUAUGAAGUUUCACCCAUUUUCAUUUCUGAAGCUCACCAAAGGGUAUUACCAUCUGUGGUGCAGACACCUGUGUUGGAAUUGAAACCCCUGCCGAAGCACUUGAAAUAUGCGUAUUUGGGCAACAACGAAACACUACCGGUGAUUAUAUCAACUGCACUCUCGGAGACCCAAGAGGAAAAGCUGAUCCGGAUCCUUAGAGAGUAUAAAGAGGCGAUAGGAUAG